AUAACUGGCGACUUUGUUCGGAAGUCAUCAGUGUCUGCGACGAAAAUGGUGAAAUUCGCGAUUAUUGCUUUUUUGGGGUUAGUUGCGGUCGGCCAGUGCGCUCCUGCCGAAACGGAGCCAGUGCCGAUUGUUGCGCAGGACAGCGACAUCCAACCGGACGGUGCCUUUAAGUGGUCCUUCGAAACCGGAGAUGGUGCCAAACAGGAACAAACUGGUGUACCUAAACAGAUUGACCAAGAAACGCCAGUCGUCCUCCAGGGUUCAGCUUCGUGGACAGACAGCGAGGGGAACCCGCACCAACUGAGCUACGUGGCUGAUGAGAACGGGUACCAGCCCCAAAGCGACGACAUUCCUCAGGCUCCAGAAAUUCCUGCUGCCAUCGCCCGCGCGCUGGAAUACAUUGCAGCCCAUCCCCAGCCGGAUAGCGAAAAGCAGCAGGC